CGUUCAAAACAACUGGGAACUCGGAAUUAGACAUUUCCGACCUCAGUGCGUUUAAAAAAAACAAGGAACUCGGAAAAAAACUAGGUCCGACUGGGAAAAUGUGUUUUGAAGGUCAUCCAACUCGGAAUUCCAACUCUGGAAUUUGGGCCUCUUUCUAGAGCUCAUGGCGUCAUUAUUUGACCUUGUAUAUAUGUCCGUGUUCCCAGUUGUUUUGAACGUGGCAUUAGUCACCGCAAAUGGGUUUCCAGAAAAUCGCAGUCGUGCCGAAAUAAAUACUCACAUAAGGAGGCGUGAACGCAUGGUCCAGACCAGAAGAAGUUACAGACAAAGCUUCGUCAGGUAAGAACAACAGUUCUGACCCAAGUUGACGGAACAGACGGUUGAGGGAAUCUCCUAGCAGAGAGGAUCAUGGGAGGAGCCGUGGUAGAUGAUGAGCCUAGUGAUGUCAAGGCACCAGAUGGAGGGUGGGGCUGGGCAGUGCUCGCCGGGGGGUUCGUCAUCACUGGGUUCUCCUACGCCUUCCCCAAGGCCGUCAGUGUGUUCUUCAAGGAGUUGAUCAGGGAGUUCGGAGUGGGAUACAGCGACUGUGCAUGGAUUUCUUCUAUACUGUUGGCCAUGCUCUACGGCACAGGUCCACUGUGCAGUGUGCUGGUGAACAAGUUUGGGUGUCGGCCAGUGAUGAUGGUGGGAGGGCUCUUUGCCUCCUUGGGAAUGGUCCUGGCCUCCUUGGCCACCAGUAUCAUACACAUCUACAUAUGUACUGGAGUAAUAACAGGUCUUGGCCUGGCGCUGAACUUCCAGCCGUCUCUGAUCAUGCUGAAUCGUUACUUUAGUGAGAAGAGGCCUCUAGCUAAUGGACUAUCUGCUGCUGGGAGCCCUGUGGCCCUCUGCUGCCUCUCUCCUCUGGGACAGGUGCUGCAGUACCACUAUGGCUGGAGAGGCGGCUUCCUUAUCCUGGGGGGCCUGCUGCUCAACUGCUGCGCCUGUGGGGCCCUGAUGAGGCCCCUGGUGGGCCCCAAGAAGCCCCAGGAGCAGGAGUUGCAGGCUGUGGGCGAAGCAGAAAGAAAGCUCAAGCCUAAGAAAAAGCUCCUGGAUUUUAGUGUAUUUAAAGACAGAGGUUUCCUCAUCUAUGCCAUAGCUGCGUCCAUCAUGGUACUGGGCCUUUUUGUGCCGCCCGUGUUUGUGGUGAGCUAUGCCAAGGAGAUGGGGAAUGAAGACACCAAGUCUGCCCUCCUCCUCACCAUCCUGGGGUUCAUUGAUAUCUUCGCCCGCCCCACAUGUGGGCUGAUUGCGGGGAUGAAGUGGGUCCGGCCUAGAUGUGUGUAUCUCUUCAGCUUCGCCAUACUCUUUAAUGGCAUCACCGAUGUGAUCAGCUCACAGGCGACAGACUACCCUGGUCUGGUGGUGUUCUGUAUCUUCUUCGGGCUCUCUUACGGGAUGGUGGGGGCGCUGCAGUUCGAGGUUCUCAUGGCCAUCGUGGGCACAAAGAAGUUCUCCAGCGCUUUAGGGCUGGUGUUGCUCAUGGAGGCUAUCGCUGUGCUGGUGGGACCGCCUGGAGCAGGUCGUCUGCUGGACGCCACACAUAACUACAUGUACGUGUUCCUGCUGGCUGGCUGUGAGGUCAUUCUGGCCUCAAUCGUCAUCUGCAUGGGCAACUUCCUGUGCAUCAAGAAGAAGCCACAUGAGGCUGAGGCCCAUCUAGAGAAUGGCGCCCCCAUAGAGAUGGAGAAGCUCAACAGCCUGCUGGAGGCGGAGGGAGGAGAGCAUGAGAGGGCACAGCCGGCGGGGGUGAGGGGUGGCGCCGCAGAGGCAAAAUAGGGAGUGGAAAAGAAUGGAGGGGUGGGAAACCCAGAGACAGCUCUGUGAUGGAGAGAGAAGGGAUAUUUGUUAAUAGAUUUUUAGAGCGACUGACAAGCUUUUAUUAAACACUACCAAUAGGGACGAACAUAAGAAUACACACGCUGGCAGGGAUGAAGAGAAGGAUGGAUUGCAUUGUGCUGUACAUGUGUUGUAUGCUUUAAUAUACACAGCAAAUUGGCCAGUGUUACCUAGUGUUUUUUCAGGGUAACAUUUUUGUUUUGAUUCUGUAGUAAAAUUAACUCUAAGGGUUAAAUUGACACUGAGUGGUGUAAUAGAACCCCAGUGUCUGUUAAUAACCGAUGUUGUGGGGGGGGCGUUGUACAUUGAUUAAUGUUGUGCUACUCAAAUAUAAAUUCCAUACAUUUUUCUAAACUAAUCCAAUGUGUUACUUGGAUGUAUUGCACACAUUACUGAAAUGGUUGUCCAGUUUAAAUGCAUUUGAUACUCUCAUAUUUUAGUCUUCCCAACCCUGGCAGUCAUUCUGAAUAAAAGUUGAGUGAAUACAAAUUCCUAAUGUUGAUGUUCCCACUCUGGCUGAAUUCCAAUUAGAAUUACACAUUACUUUGCAAGCCAUCAUAAAUGUGAAUUUCAGGCCUGAUUUGGCCUGUAAACCAUGUGUUUCUGGCCACUGUAUUGGGGUAAAACUAGUCCCUCAACAUAAGGCCUUAUGAAGUAUGUACAGUGGGGCAAAAAAGUAUUUAGUCAGCCACCAAUUGUGCAAGUUCUCCCACUUUAAAAGAUGAGAGGCCUGUAAUUUUCAUCAUAGCUACACUUCAACUACAACAGACAAAAUGAGGGGAGAAAAUCACAUUGUAGGAUUUUUAAAUGAAUUUAUUUGCCAAUCAUGGUGGAACAUAAGUAUUUGGUCAAUAACAAAAGUUUCUCAAUACUUUGUUAUAUACCCUUUGUUGGCAAUGACAGAGCUCAAACGUUUUCUGUAAGUCUUGACAAGGUUUUCACACACUGUUGCUGGUAUUUUGGCCCAUUCCUCCAUGCAGUGAUGUUUUGGGGCUGUUGCUGGGCAACACUGACUUUCAGCUCCCUCCAAAGAUUUUCUAUGGGGUUGAGAUCUGGAGACUGGCUAGGCCACUCCAGGACCUUGAAAUGCUUCUUACGAAGCCACUCCUUCGUUGCCUGGGCGGUGUGUUUGGGAUCAUUGUCAUGCUGAAAGGCCCAGCCACGUUUCAUCUUCAAUGCCCUUGCUGAUGUUAGGCUUUGUUACUUUGGUCCCAGCUCUCUGCAGGUCAUUCACUAGGUCCCCCCGUGUGGUUCUGGGAUUUUUGCUCACCGUUCUUGUGAUCAUUUUGACCCCACGGGGUGAGAUCUUGCGUGGAGCCCCAGAUCGAGGGAGAUGAUCAGUGGUCUUGUAUGUCUUCCAUUUCCUAAUAAUUGCUCCCACAGU